AUGGAAACAGUAGCGAUUAGACAUAUGAACUUUGAGUCUAAGGAAGGAGAGAUCACAUUGAGAACAAGCAGCUUCAAGAAAAGAAGUUGCGGCGAUUUCUAUAAACCUGAUAAACUAGACGGGGUUAUUACUGAAGAAUCAAAAUGUCCAAAGAAAAGGAAGGUGUCGAAUCUGAAGCUCCAAACCUCAUUCUCAUUCAAAUAUCUAGUUACAGAGAAAUCCCAUUCGGAGGGAAAACUUGAGGACUUUUUCAAUCAACAAAGCUCCACAACAGCUCUGUUGCCAAAACCAGAAACAACAUGGUUCUCUCCUAAGUCCAAUGGAGAGCUUGAGGGAGCGGCAAUUAAGGUGCAGAAAGUUUACAAGGGUUAUCGGACACGAAGAAAUCUAGCAGAUUGUGCAGUUGUUUGCGAGGAACUAUGGUGGAAAGCUAUAGACUUUGCAACAUUGAACCGAUGCUCUAUUUCAUACUUUGACUCAGAUAAAUCAGAACCAGCUGUUUCAAAAUGGGCAAGAGCGAGGACCAUGGCUGCUAAGGUGGGAAAAGGCUUGUCCAAAGAUGAGAUGGCCCAGAAAUUAGCGCUGAGGCAUUGGCUUGAAGCUAUUGAUCCUCGUCAUCGUUAUGGCCACAACCUUCACAUCUACUAUGAUGUCUGGUUUCAUAGCCAGAGCUCUCAACCCUUUUUCUACUGGUUGGAUGUUGGAGAUGGAAAAGAAGUAAAUCUGGAAGGGUGCCCUAGGAGCAAAUUGGUAAAGCAGUGCAUAAAGUACCUGGGACCCAAAGAGAGGGAGGCAUAUGAAGUGAGUGUGAAGAAUGGAAGGCUAGUUUUUACACAAAGCCAACAACUAGUUCACACUCAGGAAGGAUCCAAGUGGAUUUUUGUACUAAGUAGCUCCAGAACUCUGUAUGUAGGCGAGAAGAAGAAAGGCCAAUUUCAACACUCUAGUUUUCUUGCCGGUGGCGCCACCAUUGCUUCUGGAAGAUUGGUUGCUCUCAGUGGAGUUCUUCAUGCUAUAUGGCCAUACAGUGGGCAUUACCGUCCAACCAAGAAGAACUUUGAUGAAUUUCUUACCUUCCUGCAAGAGCACAAUGUGGACUUGACUAAUGUAAAGACAUAUGCUGUAGACGAGGAUGUGCCUCCUUCUGAGCCAGUUGAUGAUAAGGUGGGCCAGCAAGCGCAGUCUAGAACAGAAGCCAAUGAGGGUCCCAGGGAGGCAGCCAUUAACAAAGCAAAAGCAGUGGGUGGGCCCACCACCAAGGUGGCCGUGGAAUCUUCUUCUUCUUCAUCGUCUUCUUGUCAAGACAAAAAUGCCGACAAGUCCAUGUCAAGCAGCAAAUGGACUACUGGAGCUGGUCCUCGUAUUGGUUGUGUCAGAGAAUACCCAACAAACCUCCGAGUUCAAGCCCUUCAACACCUUCAUCUCUCUCCCAGACUUACUCAAAACCCUAACACUAAUUUCGUGAAUUUCCCUAUUCCCUCUCCAAGACCUUCUUCCCAAUUCCACUUAUCACCUAGACUAGUUCAUCUCAGUCUUCCUCGGCCUCCUGCCCCACUUAAUAACAGCACUCCUUCAAAUUAGUUCUACCCUUAUUAGAUCUCUGAAUCAGGUUCAUGAUGAUCUGAUAUAUUCCUUCAAAUUCAAAUUCAAAAUUCAUAAUGAUACUAGGACACUUGGUAGGCCUCUGUGAAUUAGUGAGGUUAUUAUUGUUCAACGUUUUGAAGGGGUUAGGUGUAUAGGCACUCAUUCAGCCCCUUUUUUUAAGUUUGGACCAUUUAUUGACAGGAGUUUGUAGGAGGAAGAAGGGACACAAAGUAGAAGCUAACCCCAUAUUUGUUUUUUACUUCAUUUUUUCCUUCUUUCUUUGGUUAAUUAUAAUUAUUCC